UGCGUCCUUGCCGAGUGAACAUCACAGCAGGCUGCAGUCAGUGGCUGGUUUCAGUACGUCUGUUGAAAUUUGGUUGAAGCGCGACCGACUGGAGUCGAUCUUGUUUAUCCCUAUUGUUGUCUGUUUACGAGACGUAACUCGAAAAUAUCAUAGAAAUGAAGGCAUCGCUGGAUCCGAUAGAUGUGCAGGAAUUUUUAUUUAAACAGUCAAAUACAUAUCAGAUAUUUGACUUGAAGACUCCUGCAUAUGUUCCUCCUGCUUGCAAUCUUCUCGUGGCUGACAAAAAGCGAGGACUACUUUACAUAGGACACGAUGAUAAAAUUACCGUCUUGAAGCCGGCGGAGGAGAACAGUGCAGAGUGGAAGAUAGAACUCCAGUUGCCAGCUGUUAUAUCAAAGAUUGCCAUUAAUUGUGAUUAUAAUUAUAUCGCUAUAGGCAUAGCAUUGAAGCCCACAGUAUUGAUAUACGAUGCCUAUUCACUAGUUAGAAAUAGUCUCAACCUGUUGCUUCAAAUAACAACGUCGAACGAGCUAGAUAGCUACAUAACGGAUAUACGAUGGAACCCCACUGUACCUGCGAUAUUUUGUACCGUUACUAGCGACUGUACUAUUGGUAGUUUCCAAUUGAAGAUAGAAGAAGAAGCAAGAGAAAAUUUUAUACCGAAAGUAUCUGUGCUUUCCAAGGUGUCGAAUGAGCCACAGGCUCUGUGUGCAGCUUGGAGUCCUAAAGGCAAACAAAUAGCAGUGGGUUGCAAAAACGGAGACAUCGUGCAAUUAAAGCCAGAUACCUUAAAGGUCGCUAGAACCAUCGCGGGUCCUUCACCACCCAAAGGCGAGAUAAUUAACAUCCUAUGGAUCAGUAAUUAUCAAUUUUGUGCCGCAUAUCUGAAUGACGAGCGGCACAUAAACGUUUUCAUCGUUGACGCACCGAAAGGAGAGGCAAACGCUAUCUUUACAUGCUACGAAGAUAUCACGUACGGUUUUCCCGACGCCGAGAGAAAGGACAGUGUUCUACGCUAUUAUUUCGAGCACGUGCCGGAAUGGGGACUUAUCAUAGCGGGUAGUAGCAUCAGCAGCGAAAUAGCUGUGCUAGGCACCAAAGACGGUGGCGUGAAUUGGAAUCAAUGGCAAUUAGUCGAUAGCGGCAGAGCUGAAUUACCGCUGGUGAGAACCAUGGAAAUUUAUCCCUUGGGUCUGGCCAUAGACAAGUCUCCGACCUACACGUUGCCGUGGGGCGCGGAUUCAACGUUGCCGUAUCCAGUCCCCGUCUUGCAUAUUCUUGGAACGUCCGGGAAAUUGUGUAGCUUUCACAUGGUUAAUCUGGCACCCAACUGUCCUGCCAUCAACGUUCCUCCUACGGAAAUUGUCUCGCCUCCAGCACCGUCACAGCUUAAUGCUUCGCCCCCGGAAAUAUCGUUUAGUAUGAAUGCCGCGGUGACCAGCACGCCACGUUCGAAGCAACCGGAGAUGGCACCGGAACGAUCAAAACCCGCUCCGAUGACGAAUAUAUUUGGCGACUCUCUGAAAGCAGCAGGAUUCUUCCAACCACCUGUGGAGCAACUGGCGGAACAGCCGAAAUUGCAAGAGGAAAAAGCUGCGCCGCAGAUAGCUGUGAAACCGAUUAUGCCUAAAGAAACACCAGUGUCAGAACCUGUAAAGACGGAAACCAAGUCAGUUAUAGAUAAGGAAGCAAGCUUGCCACAAAUAACGGAACAGAAACCUUCUAUAGACGAUAACAUACGGAUGCGUGCUUAUGUGCAGGAGCAGGCGUUGUUCGAGAAAGAAUUGCGAAUUAGAUUGGAACCGCAGGUAUGGGAAUGCGGUACAGACGCAGAAAAGAAACGACUCGGGGAGACGUCCGCCGACAUAGAACAGUUCUUGCGGGAUUUAACGGACACGACAAACAGUCUCUCCAGCGAUAUAGCGUACUUGAAGGCUCUCUUGCUCCAGUCGUUCGCAUGGGUCGAAGAAACUAAGUCGAAAAACGCAGCCAGCGUUGAUAUCACCACUAGAAACUGCAAUGAGAACAGCAAAAUAGCGGAUUUACAGCGAUGUUACUACUACAUACAAACGCAGCUCAAUCAAGUCAGUAAAAUUUUGGAUUUGGAAUGGUCGGAGCACAAAGCGCGGGCAAAGUCGCAAAUGAAGAUUCCCAGCUUGGAGUAUGUGUAUCAGAAUCUUCUGACGCAUAACAAGAUUUUCGCAAAGGAGAAAGAGAAGGUCGACCAAAUCUCGCGGCGAUGGAAGUCCUUCAAUCGCUCGUUGGCGGUUAGUGGCGUGUCCAAUCUCAAUCGUUCGAUGGCGAGUCUGCACGUGAGUUCACCGAAAUCGCCAGCAUCGGUUAUUCGCGGAAAAACUGACGUUAUAGAUGCCCGCUGCAAAGCCAUCGCCUCGAAGACUCUGACUUUUACACCCGAAAAGCAGUCAGCGCUAAGGGCGUUGCUUACCGAAUCAUCUCCGAGAAUUGUCAAGCCGGUCAAUCCAUCACCGGUUCAGGAUCGCCUGAAGGAUACGCUGUCUUCCCUAGCGUCUCUCAGUCCUGUGAUCAAUGAAACUAAGACCAAAACCGAGCUGUCGAUUGUUAAACAAAAUAUUGCCGUCAAGCAGCCGGUCGAGAAGCAGACCAAAUCGCAAAGUCCCCUCGCUUCGUUGAACAGUAUCGUUGCGAGAAUCGGUUCGUCCGACACAAACGGCAUCGUUGCGCAGAACAAAGUCCAACAGAAGCCACUUCCAACGACCGUUUCUUUCCCCGGGGCGAUCUCUAUCAAGCAGGUGGAUAAAAAACCUGCCGCGCCAGCAGUUCUCGCAACGUCCCAAACUAAGCCGAAACAGGAUCUUAAUGUUAACUUCCCGACGUCUAUCACGUUUGGAACGUCGGCGCCGAAAUCUCAAGAUAUCCUCUUUUCGAAAUCUCUUCUUACAGAUCCAACUACUAGGAACAAUAAGGAAUCGCCGAGCAACGAUGGCGUCCCUAAAGCUCCGGAAUCUGCUUUGUUCUCGACCGGAUUGUUAAAGGACGUAUUGUCAACGGAAUAUCCGUUAACGGAGACCACUCGUAUGGGAAUCCGUAAUCUUUUACCGCUCUCUACGGCGCCAGCUGUGAAAACGGACGCUGCCGCUACGUUCAGUUUCGCUACACCUAUAGCCCCGCCUGUUGCGAAAAGCUCACCCUCCGGUACUGCGCUCGACAUGAUGUCCUUCGCUUAUUCGAAAUCCACACCCCACACUUCUAUCGUAGAACCCGCGAUAACGGUACCAGCGGCACCGAUGCAAACGCCGAUAGAACUGUCGGCUUUAUCCUUGGGAUCACCGAGCACGUUAACUAUUCAACCGGUCGAUCACUCGAGUAACAGCGCGAACGGGAAAGUAAAUGCAAUCACGACUUCCAUGAGCUUCGCCGCACCCGCACCCGUUACUACAGCACAAGGUCUCGCGACGACUGCCACUGUUACAUCCGUUAUGACUAUCGGCGGGGUUACCAUCAACGUUGUGGACGCGAACGCCGCUCGCAAGCCGAUGACGGAAGUGCCAUCCAGCAGUACGGUCGUCAUCGAGAAAGUGACUACGCCUGAGGUAAAAGCACCCAUCUUUGGCGCUGCAACUCCCCAGGCUUCAAUUUCGUUAGCCGCGACACCGAUAUUCGGCGGUCAGACCGUCGUAAAGAACGCAGCGACAGUGCCAGAGACGACCAUACUGCCCGCUACGACUACCUUCGGCGCAGUUUCUUUCCCGUCGAUUACACCUACUUUCGGGACGUCGACCUUGGCGCCGGUCACCACAUCGGUGUUCAGCGGAUUCGCAAACACGUCAACCGGCAUUACCACUAGCUCCUCAGCAAUGCCUACGAGCAGCAGCAGCAGCAACACCGUGUCACCCUUCCAGACUUCCCUGAGUAAGCCGACGUUCGGCGAGACCACCAUCACCAGUGUGCCAGCCACGAGUUUCGGGAUCAGCAUCAGCAACACCUCCUCCGCGGGCACAAUUUCAUUCGGUAUGCCUGCGACAACGACGGCGACCUCGAUCACGCCGGCGUUCGGUAAGAGCCCAAUAGUAUCGCCGGUGUCGAAUGCGCAAUUCCCAGGUGUUCAGACCCCCGCGUCGACGGCGAACAUCUUCGGAAAGCCGAUAAUUAGUCCCGCAUCGACGCCGUUUGGUAAUACUUCAAGCUCGGUGUUCUCCAAUACGCCCGCUACCUCCUCGAAUACUUCUACACCGAUAUUCGGAGGCAACAGCAUGAAUUCUGUCUUCGGGUCGACCCCUCCGAGCGGAAAUAUCUUCGGGGGUAACACAGGAUUCGGUACGGUCUCAACGGGAUCUAUAUUCGACACUAAUGCCCCGAAACCCGGUAUUGUAUUUGGUGGAGGGACAAACGCACCUGCUUCUCCGUUUGGUGGUGCGACGAGCAACACGUCGCCGGCGGCAGUCAGUGGUUCCCCUGCGGGCACAAAUGUCUUCAGAUCUACUGCGCCUAACACAUCUCCCAUACAGCAACCUGUACUCAGCAGCCCACCCGCUUUCGGACAAGCUCCAGCCUUCGGUGCCAAGCCGGUGUUCGGAUCGUCACCCAUCUUUGGCGGAGCAAAACCCGUUUUUGGAGGUGCUGGUUUUGGCUCACCUCCUACGUUUGAGUCUCCUGGCAUGGGAUUUGGAAGUCCACCUGCUAUGCAAGCUGGCCCCCCUACAAUGGAAAAUGUGCCAAAAGUAUUUGGAGAAGUGGCAGGCAGCAGUACGUUCGAAUCUUUAGCCAAUCAAUCAGGUGGUCUCAGUUUCGGUAGCUUAGCCCAGAAGAAUCAAGAGCCAGACAAACCAGCGUUCACUGCCGGCAGCUCGUUCUCCAGUUGGAGAUGAAUGAUAUGGUUGCGGCAGAUUUACCUUCAAAACUGUCAUACGUCUAGCAGAAUAUGAAAUUACUAUUGAAUAAGGAAAUUAUCUAAUUACAAUUGUGUAUAUACUGUUUUACAUUCAGAAAUGUGUACUUUUUAUGACAGAGAUCGUGUUCUAUUGUCUUGUACGUUGUAAUAAAUGAGAACAGAUCUAAGUUUUACAAUAA